CUACUUUGCUCCAUGAAGGUAAAUAUGCUCCAAAUUUAAAAAAAGAUUAUUUCGAUUAAAUCUCUUAAUAUACGGAGAUGUUUAAAAAUUUUUGAACGCGUCCGAUAUAUGUUUUAUAAGAUUGGCAACACUGAAUAAGCACUUCCGGUUUUUGACAUUUCUUUUCUUCGUUAGCAGCCAUUAACAACAGACGAGCGAUUCUUAAAAAAAAAAAUAGUCUGCAAAAUCCACCUUCAUCGACGAAUAUACUCAGAUAUUUGAGGAAAAUGCCUCGGAAUUAUGUAAGGAAAAUGCCUAAAAGAAAUUAUAAAAAUUAUUCACAAGAGGCUCUUCGAGAUUGUCUAGCAGCAAUAGAAAAUAAAGAAUUAACGCAAAGGAAGGCUAGUGAAAUAUAUAGGAUUCCACGAAGGACUAUUAUAAACCAAAUUAGGCUCUUACGACGCAACGAAACACCAAGGCCGCCUGGAGCACCUACAACAUUCACGGAGGAAGAAGAAAAAAUUUUCGUAUCGUGCAUACAAAAAUUGAGCGAGCAUGGUUUUCCUCUUACAAGUUUCGAUUUGCGUAUUGUAAUACAAUCUUAUCUGGACAAGAUUGGGAGAAGAGUUCCCAAGUUUAAAAACAACUGCCCAGGCUUGGAAUGGGUGUCGAGUUUUUUGAAAAGAAAUGCUGAAUUGUCACAGCGCCUCGCUGCUAAUAUAAAGCGCAGUAGAGCUGGCACUGAUCGGGAAACUCUUUCAGAUUAUAUUCAAAAUUUAGCAGAGGUGUUAAAAGAUGUUCCACCAGAAAAUAUUUGGAAUUACGAUGAGACGAAUUUAUGUGAUGACCCUGGGCAAAAAAAGAUUUUGACGAGAAGAGGCACCAAAUACCCCGAAAUUAUAAGAGAUACAUCCAAAAGUUCUACAUCGAUCAUGUUUGCUGGAAGUGCUGAAGGAGAAUUACUUCCGCCAUACGUCGUCUAUAAAUCUAAGCAGCUAUGGAAUACUUGGACAGAAAAUGGGCCGAAAAAUACUCGCUACAAUUGUAGUCCUUCCGGAUGGUUCGACAUGAACAUAUUCAAUGACUGGUUUUUCGCACUUGUACUGCCAAAGCUCAAAAAACAGGAAGGCCCUAAAGUCCUCAUAGGCGACAAUCUAUCGUCACAUAUUUCGGUAGAUGUUCUUAAAGCUUGCAAAGAAAAUAACAUACGGUUCGUGUGUCUUCCUCCGAACAGCACCCACUUGACGCAACCACUCGAUGUCGCCUUCUUUCAUCCAAUGAAAGUUGCAUGGCGGAAAAUUCUAACGACAUGGAAGCAGUGCGAACAAGGCAUACGGGAAAAAACUGUUCAAAAGAGCAGUUUUCCAGUCUUACUUAAAAAACUUCUUGCGGAUUUAGAAGAAAAUAGAAAAGAAAACUUAAAAUCCGGUUUCAGGAAAUGUGGGAUUUAUCCGACCAAUGCAAAUGCCUUAUUAGAGAGAUUGCCUAAACCUGUUGAUAAGACUGCGGCAGAAAAUUCUUUUUUGGAAACACUUCAAGCCAAGAGAGUGGAAUGGACUGGAGGCGUUAACCCGAAAAGACGACGAACGAAACUCAACAUAGUUCCGGGAAGAAGUGUCACGGAGCUGAUAGACAGUUCACUGGCGGACAAAGAAAACGAGGAGCCAUGUCUUGAAAUGGAAGCCCAGGCCUCGACUUCAGAACCUCGUCGUACAAGAAUUCAUAGCGACAGUACAUAUGCCGAGAGUGAAAUAUCUCUUCAUGACUCUUCAAACGAUGAAACAAUGAAUGAUAUGCUGGAGACAAUGUCAGAAGAAGAGACAACCGUAGACAAUGCCAGGGAAAGUUCUAAAACAAAAAAAUUUAAACCACUCAUAAAGGCCGAAGGAGAAUAUGUAGCUUUCACAUACGAAGGGGAAGUCUUCCCAGGCAUCAUCACGAAAAUCAAUGAUAAAGGACCGUACAUAUCCUCAAUGAAAAGGUCUCUCAAAUAUUGGAAAUGGCCAAAACCAAAGGAUGAGAUCCAAUACACUUGGAAUGAAGUUCUUGGAUGUAUAUCUGCACCGAAGAAAAUUGGUCGACGUGAAUUUUAUACUGUUCCUGAUCUCGAUCAAAUUUGGGGGACCUAAGAUCUCAAUAAUUAUUAAAAAUAUGAUUGUUCAUCCUCAUAAGUUUUUUUAGAAGGUAUUUUUAGUUCUUUUUUUUCACGUUUCUAAUGUCUAGCGUUAGAAAUUCUUAUUUUUAUGUUAUUUCUAAAAGUUUACAUGUUUCUAGAGAUUUAUGUAGCCUUUGGUGGUUUUGAUAGUUUAUUAGACUUAAGAGAAAAUGAUUCUAAGACUGAUUUAUCUGAAAGUACAAAUAAAAAAUGUUCCUUAUGUUGUUUA